ACUCGAACGUAGCAAAAACAUCAGCAACAAACUUCUAUUCGCGUUAAAACUUUAAAAUUAUUUAAAAAAAAGUGCAACAAGUGUUUGAAAGAGGAGAUCUUUGUCGAAUUACGCGUAACUUCGUAAAAGUGCUAGUGUCAGUGAGCGUGAGAGUGAGACAGUGCUAGUGAGAGUGAGUGCAAGCUUGAGGAUCUGAAGCUAUGUCCGCUUCUACUCGUAAUAAACACUCAAAGAUCCAUGGUAAUGAAAAGUUGGAUAUUUCCAAUGAUGAGUUUGACCGCAUUCGUGACGCUUUAAAGAACGAAGAGUUUCGCAAGUUGUUCUUCGAUUACGUGGACGAAAUUCAGGAUCCGGAGAAUCGCAAGAUCUACGAGGAGGAGAUAACACAGCUGGAAAAGGAGCGUGGCGUUGAUGUCACCUUUAUACAUCCCCAGCCGGGCUUUGUGAUUAAAACAUCAAUUGAUGGCGAGCUGAAAUGUUUCAUUAACAUUGCAAGCUGCAAAGUUGUAGAACGCCCCAACAAUGAGGUUUCAGUUAAUUCCCAAACUGGCCAAAAGGGUCUCAGCUGGUCCAUUCCAUUGGCCCAGAUACCGCCACGCGACGAUCUCGAUGCCAAUAACAAGCUUUGUAAAGUCUAUGAUGUUGUCUUCCAUCCGGAUGCACUGCAUUUAGCCAAGCGCAACGCGCAGUUCCGUCAAUGCCUCAUCGAUACCGCUCUCGAUGGCGUGGAGCGGGAAUAUCAUGUAAAUCUGGAUCGUGCCAAUCUCAAGUUUCCCAAGCUUGACUACAAGGGCAUGGCGCGUCCCAGUGUGCUGCGUACUUUAUCGAAAAAUCCAACAGCCGAGGAGAAGGAACCGCAUCCCUUAGAGCACAUGUAUCCAAAGAAGCCCGAAGCUGAUGCCGGUCAGUCUAAGGUCUUGCCAAUGAAGACAAAGGUGACGGCCGUGCCAAAAUUUGCUGUGCCUAAAUACUGCAUCAAGCAUAGCCAUGACGUGGAUAUGGCUGAAUAUACAGAUGAGCUGGAUGCCAAGCUGCAUGUGACAGUACCACGUGCUCUGGUCGUUGAGAUCGAAUUGCCGCUGCUUAGCUCCACGGCCGAUUGUCAUCUAGAUGUGACGGAAAAGUCGGUCUAUCUGCUCAGCGAGAAGCAAGGGGCCAAAUACAAACUGAAGGUGGAUUUACCCUACACUGUGAAUGAUAAGGCUGGCAAUGCACGCUUCGACACGGAUCACAGGUGUCUACGCAUCACAUUGCCCGUGGUGCGUUCCACGCCUCGUGAAGAGCGCAACUUGCACGAUACCGUACGAAAUCUCAGCCGCGAGGACAGCGGCGUCGAGCUCAACUCGAAUGGCGAAUCGCCAGUUGAGGAUGAGGAACUUGUUGUCGAGCUAAGUGAGCACAAUCAAGAAAAUGAUUCCAAUGCAUUCCCACCCACUGCCGUUGUUUCGCCUCGCUCAUUCCUUAAGAGCAAUCUGCACUAUCUGCUGCCCGCCCAGUUUAAUUGCAAUAUUUUGGACAAUGUGAUUGUCUUCGUGUUGCACGUGUCGAACGUGCAACCGGACUCGGUGCAGACCCUGCAGCAGGCACGCAGCCUGCACUUGCAAUUUGCCUCCAUGGGCACUGGCUAUUAUCCCACCCACUAUGCGUUCCUAAUGCAGCUGCCCGAUGGGGUGCAGCCAGAGCUGCGUAUCGAUCAAGUCGAAGUUGAUACUGGCGAUGAGAAUGUGGUAUUGCGACUGACUAUGAAUGAGCACUGCAUGUUGCUGCCUAGCUAUCUGGCUGGAACCGAUAGCAAUGAUCUCAAGGAAUACCCUGUGUUUGGUCACCAAAAUAACAAUAAUGAGAAAGAAACUGAGGUUGAGGUUGCUGAGAUGGAGAAAUGCGACCUAGUGUCGGAGAAAUCACUACACAUUAACAUGGACCACAAUGAUGUGGAGCACGCACUGGAAGUAACAAUUGAGCCGCAAGAGAAUGAAGCUCCCUUAGACAGUCUAGAACUGCUGCAUGAGCAUCAGCAGGAGUUGCAACAGCUGCAUCAUCAGAAGAAACUGAACAAGAAGCAGCGUAAGCGCAACAAGAAGCAACGCUCGCUCUCCGAGUCGGCUUGCGAGGAUCUGAAAUUGGCUCAAGAGCAUCAUGAGCAAGUGCUGCAGCAACAGAAGGAGCAGCAACAGCAACAACAAUUGAAAUUGCAGCAACAGCAGCAGCAGGCAGAACUGCAAUUGCAGGAACAACAGGAGCAAAAGGAGAAAGAGAAUGAGGCUCAAGAGCAGCUGGAAGAUGCGUCUUCAGAUUGCUUUACGAGCGUCUCUCAGCCAAUGGAUACGCUCAAGCUGCCACAUCGCAAGCAGCGCAGCUACUCAGAGUGCAACGAGAGCAGCCUUGGUAGCAGCUGCGUGCAACGUGGCAUCUUGAAACGUUUCAGUCGCUACGGACCACAUCCCUCUAUCUCCGAUAGCUGCUCAUCCAUUGAUGAUUGCUCCUCUACGUAUUCGUGCUCAGUGGAUGCGGCUGGCACUGGGUUCUCGCAAUCGUUCGGCAGCAUACCCGAGGAGCGAGGUGGCGAUGAAGCAGGUCUGUCGGAGAGCUGCAAGAAGACUGUUAGAUUUAAUGAUCACAUCAUGAAGCAAGUGUUCAGGCUUGAUUCGAGCAUACUGGGCCAACGCAAGAAGAAUCAAAAGCGACGCGAUUGUAAAUUGCGCGCCCAACAGCGUCGCCUCAGCGAGGGCGACUCGGCCGAUUACGUGGAGGUGGAUUCAACACACGGCAACGGAGAUCAGCCCGCCCACAAGACUGCUGCCAAUGCACAGUAUUUCAAGCAAAACAACAAUAAUCAUCCUCAUGUCAAGGAUAACAAGAAGCAGUCGCUGCACGACAGCGGCCUUGACUUGACCAACGGUUCCAUUAACAACAAAAACAAUCACAGCAACGAAAACGCAACUAAACGCAAUGAGGCUGAUGCCAAGAAUACCAUGAUGUUUGAAAUGGAUGAUGUUGAUGAGGAGGCACAGGAUGCUACGAAUAUAUAAAGGAGCUGAGCUCAAGCCACUCUUGAUCAGCGAACUGUGCAUGUGUUAUUUUUCGAGGCAGGUUUUCCAUGGAAUUUUUGAAGCUACAUUUAUUAAACUAAUUAUAUACAGCAACAAUAUAAAUGUACUAUUAUUAUUA